AAGAAAUAUAAAGGGCUCUCUUAAAAAAUAAUAAUAAAAAGGGCGAAACACCAAAGUUGCAGUUGGAUACUGAAAAAGUUGGCUUCCAGGAAAUGACAUUUAUCUAAAACAAAAAAGGGUACCACAGUCGUCACACGUUUGUAUAAUUAUAAGUAGGUUUGUUCCGUUCGUGUUCCAAAGCAGAAUCAUCAACGACCAUAAUCCUCUCAGACGGUUGGGUUCCGCCAUGUCAACCACACCUUACUUUCUUUCAAGCUCCAAAUCCAAUCCUUGCCUCAGGUCUCAAAAGCCUCGGAAACCCAGUUUUCGAAAUCGUUGUUUGUUGAUGGCAAAGCAGCAGAAAACUCGGUUUUACAUACUUGGACGUUGUGUCUCCAUGCUUUUGUGCUGGCAUGACCAUUCUCUUUCAGAUUGAGUUCCAAGACAAGAUUUUGUUUCCAGGCAUCAGUUGGAAUCUGGAAGACAAAUCUGGGUUUCAAGAUUUGGAUGAGAAGAAUAGACGAGGAAUUUGAAGAAAGGUCAAGGAAUUCAAGCGCUGGACUCUUGCUGGAAAACAGGUAGGAUUCGUGGAAACUAGAAGUAGCCAUAGAGUUAAGAACUUAGGAGGGGAUUGGACCAAGGAUUCAGCGGCAGUCAUUCAUUUGUAUGCCAAAACCAAAGGAGCAAAGUGUAAAUAACAAAUUUUUGCUUCUUCAAAUUUGUUCUCUUUUGUUCUUCUAAGAUGGAUGCAAAAAUUUUUGCUUUUGAUCCCA